CAUUGACCUCGUUUGUGUCGCCAUGUUUGAGUUCAGCAGAGCGUUUGCUGGUGUUUUUGUGCAGUUUUGAGUGAAUUCUUACACCCAAUAUGAUGGAAAUGUUACAAGUGACGAAAGCAGAAAGCAUGGAUAGAGUGUCGUGACAUUCCCCACGAGGUCGUCUGAUUAAGAUACACCUGCAUUCCUUUGGAGAGCAUAUUUACGCAUUAAAGUUAGAUAAGUUGUCCACUUCCUGGUCUGGCUGCAGCAAUGCCUGAAGGACCGGAGCUGCAUUUGGCCAGUCUGUAUGUGAACAGAAUGUGUGAAGGUGUGGUGUUUACGGGGCCAGUAAAAAAAUCUGAAGUCAGCAAGAAUCCUGAUGUGGCCUUCACCUGUAGUGCUUACUGCAUCUCAGCCACUUCCAGAGGGAAGGAAGUAAAACUUACACUGACACCCAUGAAAAGUGAUGAUCCAAAGCAGAGAGUCCAGGCGGGGCAAGCGGACCGACCCAUGGACAUUGUGUUUCGUUUUGGGAUGUCAGGCUAUUUCCGCUUCACCACACAGGAUGAGAUCCCGAAGCAUUCCCAUCUGCAGUUCUCCUCCAACGAGAAGCCGUGCAGAGUGCUGAGCUUUGUAGAUACACGCAGGUUUGGCAGCUGGGAGCCCAACGGCAUGUGGCAGCCUGACAGAGGGCCAUGUGUCAUGUUUGAGUACAAAAGUUUCAGGGAGAACGUUUUGUUGCAUCUGUCUGAUCGUGCAUUUGACAAGCCCAUCUGCGAAGUUCUUCUCAAUCAAAAAUACUUCAAUGGAAUUGGAAACUACUUGCGGGCUGAGAUUCUUUUCAGGUUGAACAUCGCGCCCUUUGUGCGAGCCAGGAUACUGUUGGACAACCUUGAGUUAGAAGAUGUACAUGAAAACACAAAGUCUGUCAAAGAGGAGGAGGUAGACACAAAGGUCUUUAUGAAGGUGAGAAAGAAAAGGGUGAAAGGGGAGGCUGCAGAUCUGCUCAGGCUGUGUCAUACAGUGCCUCUGGAGGUGGUGAACCUCGGUGGAAAGGGUUACGAUCCUGAGAAAGUAGAUCAGUCCAAGUUUCAGGCAUGGUUGCAGUGUUACUACGUAGAUGGCAUGAAAUCAGUCCGGGAUCACAAUGGCAGAACAGUGUGGUUCAGAGGGGAUCCAGGCCCCAUGGCACCUACAGAUUCCAAAUCACCAAAAGUAAAAAAGGGAGUCAAGAAAGGGGAGGAUAAAGGCUCUGCAGCAAAGACAAAAAAGGUGGCCAAUAAACGUGCAUUAAAAGAACAUGUGGCCAAACAACAAACUGUGAAGAAAAAGCUGAAGAAAGAAAAGGAGACCAGAUCUAAGCAAGAAGGGUUUGGAAAAGUCAACACACCUCAGGAUGAUAAGACAGUAAAUGCACGUAGGAGGAGGACGAGCAAUGUACAUGUGGCUGCAGGUUCACAGAGGCGAAGAGAGAGAGUAACCACUCAGAGCAGCAAAUGAAAGCACAUCAAAAAGAAAGAGGCACCACUGUCUGACAAUUUUUAUACUAUUGUUUAUUUUUUAAUUAAACAGCUUUUAUACAAAAACUGAAAUAAUUAUUAAAUCUACAAAAGCAAAAUCCAGUAUAUUGCUGGCAUUUUCAUAUCGCCUAUGGACCAAGUUUUUGAUACCACCUAAGAUGACUAAACACUAAAAAUCCAGCAUCAGUAUAUCAUAGUCUACACAAACAUGCGAUAAUGUUGACUGAUAGCUAUAGCCAGGUAGAUGUCAAUUAAAGAAGACAUGUACAGUAUUUGUCAGAUCAUAAGGAUUCCAAAAAGGGAUAGUUUAUACCAUCUAUAGCUGAAAGUCAUGGGAUUAAAACCAGAAAGAAAAAUAACGGUUGAGAAAGGCCGAUUUCAGUUUGUACCGAAGGAUAAAAUCCCACAGAGACUCGAGGGUGCUGGUGUAGUUUGGAUAGGGGUCAAAAAUUAAAGUUGCUCCAAUUCUGGUAAAAACUGCCAAUUAUUGGUUGAGCUAAUAGGGAUUUUUUUUUUUUUUUUAAAAUCAUUCAUACCAUAAGGUAUACUUGGCUCUGAUGUUAGAUCAAUGGUUUCAUUUUCUCCUUGAUUCAUCCAAAAAGAAAUUACAUUACUUUUUAUUGUCCAGUAAAUGUUAUGACUUUAUGCAACAUGCGAAAUUCUAAUUUUGAGUACCUUAUACGAGCGAAGCAGCACGAAGCUCGCUAGCGGUGCACUGUCCCAAACAGGAAGUGCCAAAUUUUGAGUAGACAGUGAAACAGGAAAUGUCAAAUGUUGAACACUUCCUGGAGUGACAAUAGAUGAGAUCUCGUGGAAUCUCAUGGGAAUUCCGUGGCAAGUUCACACUGAAACAGGAAGUACCAAAUUUUGAGCCCACAGUGAAACAGGCAAUGUCAAAUGUUGAACACUUGCUGGAUUGACAAUACAGGAGAUCUUGUGGGAUCUCGCAGGAAUUCGCUGGCAAGCUGAGACUGUUUUUUUUUUUUUUUUUUUUUUUUACAAUUUCCCCCUAGUUUUGAUCUGUUUUUUAAAACUAACCACUUCUUUGGUAUGUUUUUCUGUUGUAUUUAAUCCUGUGUAAGGUUUCUGUGUAACUUUUUGUUUGUCUCAUUAAGUAAAAAAAAAAAAAAAAAAAAAAAGUAAACUGUUGAACACGUCCUGGAUCGACACUCGCGGGAAUUUAGUGGCAAGAUGAGGAUGAAACAGGAAGUGCAAAAUUGAGUCUACAGUUAAACAGGAAAUGCCAAAUGUUUAACAUUUCCUGGCAUGGGUGGAGCUGGGUGACGCUGCACCUCCUUGAAAUUUGAUUGGCCACCCCAGAUGACUGACAUGUCACAGCACCAAACGUCUGGUUGAAAAGAGCCAUUUUGAAAUCUGUGACACAUAUUGACUGCUAGGUCCAUCCUGUACAGUAGCUGGUACUGGGUACCA